AAACUUUGUAACAAUACAUUUGAGCGCCACAAACUGAACAUGAAGCCCAGAAAACCCGAUUUUCACCCACAACUGAGCAUUUUUCAGAGCCCCGGCAAUGCUCUCCAAUGCUAUGUCGGUCUGAGAGCCCCCGGAGCUGGAGUAAACGUCGGAGCUGAGGUUUACUGUGACGGUAUGUGCUCAUCAUUGAGCGGAAUCGUGAACGAAUUGCUCAGAUCGCUCGCCAUUGACAAUGCCUGCACCAGCCUGCCAGGAGAUCGUGAAGUCAGCGGAUGUUGCUGCGACUAUGCAAACAGCUGUAAUCUCCAGCUGUCAAACAAUACAGACGGAAACGGUAGAAGCCGGCAUUCCCAAUUUUCAAAAUUUAAGAUCUUCCCAAUCUCUUGUUGGUCUGGAAUUUAUUUGAAUGGCAACGCUUUGACCUCAGCUGGAUUCCGGUCCUGCCAAGGAGAAUGCGCCUCAGUGACACUCCAGACAACGUUGAAUGGUCAACAGCACAAUGCCACCAUUUAUAUGUGUGACCCGACCUCCGUCUGUCAAGCCCUCAGUGAAUGUCACACGGUUGAACCCGGACUCUCUGGUUGCUGUUGUAACGACGAUGGUUGUCUCUCACCAAAGAAGUCUCCCAACAAUCCGCUCACAUGCUACGUGGGUAUUCUUGCACCAAAAGCUGGAGUUAAUGUUGGAGAUGAGGUGCGUUGCAAUGGAAUGUGCUCUUCACUGAAUGCCAUGGUUAACAACGACAACGUCACCACCUUCCAGUGUGUACCAACCAGCGUUUGCAAGGCAUUCGCUGCUGACAAUGGUUGCUCCUCGAUCAAAGGUGACCGUGAAGUGACUGGAUGUUGCUGUGACACAUCCAAUGGAUGUAACGCUGCUGCGUACAAUGUAGGACUCACUCCUCCGACUCCAUCGCCUCGACCAGAGUUCCCGAUCUCCUGCUGGUCUGGUAUUUACGUAAAUGGUCAACCCCUUUCGCCACCCAGCUUCCAAUCAUGUAGCGGCGAAUGCGCCUCUUUAACAAUCAGCACCGUUUUCCAAGGACAAAACCACACCGCCACAAUGUACACCUGCGAUCCUUCAGAUGUAUGCAAAACACUUGGAAUCGUCAACAACUGCACUGACAUCGAACCAGGAAUUAGCACUUGCUGUUGUAACACCGACGCCUGUCUUACGCCAAGGAAGCCUGGAAAGCCACUACUAUGCUACGUUGGUCUGAAUGCCCCACUUGCCGGAGUGAACGUUGGAGCAGAGGUUGCCUGUAAUGGAAUGUGCGCUUCACUGCGUGGAAUUGUCAACGGAGACAACGUUACGACAUUCCAAUGUGUACCUAACCAAGUGUGUCAACGCGAGCGACUGCCCGGGAGCGCAGGAGUCGCGCGCGGCGACAGUAAUCUAACCCGUAGAAAACCACCAACCCCAAACAAUCUCGUUUCCAGGACAUUCCUUAACCGGGACGGAUGCGCCUCACUACAAGGUGAUCGUGAAAUUACUGGAUGCUGCUGUGAUGAAACUGAUGUGAGUUCGUCUUUGAUACAUCCAAUUGUGGAGUUCCCCAUUUCAUGUUGGACUGGAAUUUAUGUGAAUGGCAAUCCUCUCACUACCGCUGGAUUCACGACCUGUAAUGGCCAAUGUGCUUCUGUCACCUUGAACACCACCCUCAAUGGAAACUUCCACACCGCCUCAAUUUACAUGUGCGAUCCCACAGCUGUCUGCAGGGCUCUGAACAUGACCAACAGAUGCGAUGUGAUCGAGCCAGGAGUCGGUGGAUGCUGUUGUGAUACUGAUGCCUGCAUUUAUCCUCCAAAGAACAGGAGCCCUGGAAAUCCCCUGAUGUGCUACGUCGGAUUAUAUGCUCCCAAUGCAGGAGUCAACGUAGGAGGAGAGGUGUUCUGCAAUGGUCAAUGCUCAACUCUUACCGGAAUCGUGAACGGAGACACUAUCACCACAUUCCAAUGCUCUCCCAUAAGUAUAUGCAAGAGUCUCGAAAUCGACAACGCCUGUACCACACUGCCAGGAGAUCGUGCAAUUUCCGCUUGUUGUUGCGACAGUAGCAGUAACUGUAACAUUGAAAAACUUGCCAUUCAGAUGAUCAUUCCACCUAGACCAUCACCACCUGAAGUGCCAAUUUCUUGCUGGAGUGGUAUAACCGUCGAUGGAAUGCCAGUUACUGAAGCUGGAUUUACCACCUGCUAUGGAGAAUGUGCUUCGAUCACCCUCCAGACGACUAUGAACGGCCAACAGCACAACGCUAGUAUCUUCAUGUGCGACCCUACCGCUGUCUGCCAAGCUUUGAACAUGACCAACACCUGCUCGACGAUCGAACCAGGAGUCAGUGGAUGCUGUUGUAAUACUGACGCCUGUCUUGCACCAUGGAGGUCUCCAACGGAUCAACUUUACUGCUAUGUUGGUAUGCAUGCUCUUAAGGCUGGUGUCAACACUGGAGCUGAGGUUCCCUGUAAUGGCAGAUGCUCAUCACUGAGAGCGAUGAUCAACGGUGACGAUGUUACCACCUUCCAGUGCAUGCCAACAUCCGCCUGCUCAUAUCUCGGUGCCGAUUUCGGCUGUAACCGUUUACAAGGUGAUCGUGAAGUGGUCGCUUGCUGUUGUGAUUACGCAAAUGCCUGUAACGUUAUGAACAGAACCGAUAUCGUGAUACCUACUCCAUCACCAAUCGUGGAGACCCCAAUUUCAUGCUGGUCAGGAAUCUACGUCCACGGAACUCCAAUCACAAGCGUUGGCUACUCGACGUGCUAUGGAGAGUGCGCUUCGGCAACACUCACAACCAAUAUCAAUGGAGAACAACACACUGCCGAAAUCUACACUUGUGAUCCGACAUCCGUUUGCAGCAUGAUCAACAACUGUAUGACUGUCGAACCGGGAGUUCAAGCUUGUUGCUGUAACACCGACGCCUGCCUUACACCCAAACGAGUUUGUUACCCUUCAUGGAUCACAUUUUUUAAUGUUGGAGGAGAGGUAGGGAUCGGUCUCAAUCAGAGCGACUUGACUACCCUACUCCUUCUCGGAAUCGUAAACGGCGAUAAUGUGACCACCUUCCAAUGUGUUCCUAACACGAUCUGCAGGUCCCUCGGUAUCGGACAAGAUUCAGGCGGUUGCGUUCCCCUACCGGGAGAUCGUGAAGUCAGCGCAUGCUGCUGCAGUGACCAGAACAGUUGUAAUGUGUACCGACUUAACAGAACCGACAUUACCCCAGCGACCCCAUCACCUGUACAGGAAUAUCCGAUCUCUUGCUGGACUGGAAUAUAUUUGAACGGAAAUGCUCUUACCUCGGCUGGAUUCUCUACUUGCUACGGUGAAUGUGCUAGUGUGUCUCUACAAACCACCUUGAACAAUCAACAACACAACGCUACUAUCUACAUGUGCGAUCCGACAUCAAUCUGCCAGGCUCUCAAUAUGUCCAACACCUGUGCCACUGUUGAACCAGGACUCUCCGGUUGCUGUUGUAAUGAUGACGCAUGUCUCACACCCACAAAGUCACCUCUCAACAACCCUCUAACAUGCUACGUUGGAUUGAACGCCCCGAAAGCCCAAAUAAACACCGGAGCCGAGGUGAUUUGCCAAGGAAUGUGCUCAUCAUUGAACGCCAUUGUGAACGGCGACAAUGUGACAACCUUCCAAUGUGUGCCAAGAAGUGUUUGCAAGUCAUUCGGCCUUGGUGUUGGCUACGGAUGCCAAACUCUGAAAGGCGAUCGUGAAGUGACUGGAUGCUGUUGUGACAAUGCAAACGGCUGUAAUCUUGCUGCCAGACCAGAUGUAAAUCAUUCAACCAACCCUUGCUCCCUACCAGGAGUUCCCUAUCUCAUGUUGGAUUACUCGACCUGCCGAGGAGAAUGUGCCUCAUUGACGUUGGUCACCCAAAUCAACGGUGUCACCCACAACGCCACCAUGUACACCUGUGAUCCAUCAAGUGUCUGCAAAUCUCUCAAUAUGGACAACCAAUGUACAACUUUGGAAACAGGAGUCAGUGGAUGUUGCUGUAAUACUGACGCCUGCCUCACUCCCAAUAGGAUUCCUGGAAAGAAACUAUGGUGCUAUGUCGGACUUAUCGCAAAGAAGGCCGGAGUGAACGUGGGAGCUGAGGUUGCUUGUGAUGGAAUGUGUUCGUCAUUGAGCGGUACUGUCAAUGGUGAUGAUGUCGUAACAUUCCAAUAUGGAUGUGUCAAGUUGCAAGGAGAUCGUGAAAUCACUGGAUGUUGCUGCCGCAACGGAGACAGCUGUAACGUUGCGCAACUGAACCGUACCGAUAUCAUUCUACCAACACCAUCACCCGUAUCGGAAUACCCCAUCUCUUGCUGGAGUGGAAUCUACGUCAAUGGUCAGAGCUACAGUAAUGCAGGAUUCACUACUUGCUAUGGCGAUUGCGCAUCGGUGACGUUGAGCACGUCUAUCAAUGGCCAGAAUCACACAGCUACCAUGUACAUGUGUGAUCCUACAUCAGUGUGCAGAGCUUUGAACAUGUCCAACCAAUGUAAUACUGUGGAACCAGGAGUCAGUGGAUGUUGCUGUAACACUGAUGGCUGCCUCAAUCCUAACAACAACGUCGUAAGUAACACUAGGCAAAUUGCUGACAAUGGCUGUACAAAGAUCUACAAAGACAGUGAUGUGGUAGGAUGCUGUUGUGAUACCUCAAACAACUGCAACGUGAAGGAACCAAUCAGCACAAACAAUACAUUCCCGCCGGUGGGUCCUACAAGGAACUCGAAGAGUCUGUAUCGUUGCUGA